AUGGCUACAAUGGACUAUUACGAAGACGAAGGAAUUCCUAUAUGGCAGGAACCCCGAUGUGAACCUCUAGGGGCAGCUAAAGAAAAUCUAUGUGAAGAAACAGCAGCUGAACAGACCUCCGGAGACAGGAUCCAUGCCUUAGAAGAGGAACAAGAAAUUUUAUCCUCGUCUGUUUUCUCAUUAUCAUCUCACCUGGCUCAGGUGGAGUUCCGGUUAAGACAAAUAUUAAAAGCUCCUCCAGAAGAAAAAGAUGCUAUGCUUCAAGCGCUUGAAGAAUUUACGUCGCGAGCGGUCGAUUCAAGGACUGCGCCUCAAGGCAGUGCGGGUGAAGGUGCAUGUCUGGAAUGUGCUGAGUUAGAGAGAAAAAUCCACACUCAAAGGGCUAAGCAGUCUAGAUUUAUUGAAAGACUUAAACUACAACUCAAAGAACUUGAACUGUUCACGGCAGACUCUUCAAAACAUGAUGAUAUAAAACAUAGGUCUCUCAUAGAGCACCUGCGAACUGAAAUAGAUAGAAGUCUAGUAGAAGGAUGCCACCAGCCUCUAAGUACAGAAGAACUGAAGCAUCAAAUUGAUUGUGCUGUCCGCCAAUAUGCUGACAAACAGCUCUCUAAAGAUGAAAUUAUUAGCAAACUUCAGAGCCAUAUUGAUGAUAUGCAAAAAUUUAUAAAACUUAUGAAAAAUGAUAAUCUAAGGAACCCUCAAUCAAGUAAUACAGAGCCAAAAAAAGUUGGUAAGCCUAAUACAUUUGAUAAAAACUUUAGUAAGAAUAAAGUUAAUGAUGAGCUUAAAGCUGAAACAAUCAACUUGAUGAGGAAGGCAUCAACUUUAAUCCAAAUAUUUACUGUUUCACAAUUUGGUUGUUCACCAAAUACAAAUAAAAGGUAUGAGAGAAAGUCUACUGUUACACAUUGGGGUAAUUUAAGAGCCAAAUUAGAAAUGUCCAUAGAUGCUGUUCUACACAUUGUAUCAAGAGAGAGGCCUCAUACUCUAAUAGAUAGCUAUGAUAGUGAAUCUGAGGAAGGUGGUGUAGUUAUAAAUGAUGCCCCACUAACUACAGCAGUGCGUCGUCAUUUAGCUAUAAAUUUGCGUGAUCUUCUCCAACAUGGUUUAGUUGGUCACGAAACAACAUCUCUUGUACCUUUGAUUGGCUGUUUUCCAGUACGUAGAUCAUCAACAUCCCAAAAUAUACAUAUAUGGGAAGUUAUACUGCGAUAUUACGAGUUAAAUGAUGGAGAUAGAUUCAACUCAACCCCUGCUAGAAAACUAAGUCAGAGCUUUAAUUUGGAUAUAGUUGGGGGAACAGCAAUCACAAAUAAACAGAGCUUAUUAAGUGCUAUCGGAGGUAUACUCGCAUCACACACACCAUACAAAAGAAGUUUUGAUGCUCACUUUAAAGCAUUUGUAUGUGCAGCCCUUAACACACAUAAACUUGUAUUAUGGUUAAACAUCAUUUUAAAAUGUAGGUCACUUAUUGAUUAUUACUAUUCUUCUACUAGCUAUAUUGUAAAUACUGGAUUCCAAGAUGCGUUACAGAGCCUUGAUCAGUUAACUCCAUAUGACUUUGACCUCCCUGUUGAUCUUGCAGUGAAACAAUUUCAAAAUAUAAAAGAUGUGUUUAUGUAA